GCUUAUUGUCUUUGGCCAUGAAAAUGGAUGCUGGGGAGAGUCCGCUUCGCAGACUCUUCCCUUACCAGUGACUAACCGCAGUUGUCGUAACGAUGCCGGAGGCACUGUUCUUCAUAGAAGGCAGCUCUUUGGCAAUAAUGAGUAAAGUUGAUCUUUCACCGACCCAAGCGCAUCGGCUUCUGCUUGGGCCCGUAAGCACCUGCCCAAGUUGUGGCUCAGUGGCGCUCCGUUCGUGGGCAAUGACUGCGGCUCCGGCUGAAGGAGAGGACGUAAAGCUACAAUCCUUCUCCUCGCCAAACAGCGACGAAACGCCCUUUUGCCUGCGCAUGGGUAAGCCAGCAUGUCGGCCUUGCCAGAGUUCUGAAUCGGAGACGCACUGUCUCGCAGUCGCUGGCGCCUGGCAGGCUCUUGACACACAUGCUGUCCUGGGCCUCAGAAAGCAGCCCAGGCAUAUCGAUGGGCAGACGGUGAAGCAGCAACUUCUCAGUCGUGGAGGCCGUCGUCGUAGUCCGGGGCUCAAGCCUGGCAGCGCGCCUGUUGAAGAUGAGUGGCAAGCCUACAAGUUCAACACUGAUGGUGAACUCGAGGCCACUGCUGUCUCGACGAGCAUUGACCAUGGGUCCUCGGCGUCCGGCUCGCUUUACGUUGUCAACGCAGGCCCUGUCGCCCCCCUUGACUCCAGUUCCGUCGCAAUCGCAUUCGGAAAUGUUGUCAAAGUGAUUCGCGCGUCACGACGCGGACAGAUGAUCAGCAGGUCUGACGGGCAUGUGAUGGAGAGACACGGGUCGAUCUCAAGGCGCAGACUGACAAUGCGGAAGGGGCAGUAGUCAGUGCAAUGACUUUGCAUUUCGAUAUGACGCGAGGAGUACCACGCCUGGAAGGGCCCUUGAGGCGGCAUCGUGAGUGACAUGCCGCUCGCGGUGGAAGCCUCUGCGUGGGCAACGCAUCUCGAGGUCAAUACCGUCGUAUGCGCUUUUAUACUGCACUGAACCACCUUCGUGGCAGGUACGUAGCUCACACCGUAAGCGGAUCUAGGCCCUUG